UGAUCUCGGUGGCGGUGUUGGGGGUGUUUGCCCUGGGUGAUCUCAGAGGCGUUUUCCACCCCUGGUGACCGUACGCCAAACGAGCUGUGAUUCUCCCCCGAUGGAAGCAGUUCGGUUUCGUUGCUCAGUGUUGAUUACUCGGGGUGCCGGCAGGAGGGAGGUUUGUUGUGGGUGAGGUCGGCAGAGGUCGGGUGUUUUGAGCUCGCUGUUGCCAGGUUCCGAGCCGAGGUGAAAACUGAUACUGCCAGGCUUUCCAUGUGCCAGGCAGCAAUACAGAUCAAGUCCUGUAAAUCGUGCCAGAGUUGUGUUUGCUGCCCUUGAGGAGGAGAGGAGUGGACAGGAUUCUUUGUAGCUUCCUGCCUUAAGGGAGCUGACAGCAAGAUGCAAUCCUUUAGUUGAGUCCAUGGAAGACAGGCAGGUGCUGGGACCUGGGUGGCUCUGGGACUUGCAGAGGAUGUUGAUGAAUGCCUGCUCUGUGAACUUCGUGAAUCAGGAGUCUGGAACUCCAUCCUGCUCUCCAGGACUGGAAGGACUUGACUGUUGUUACAAGAAUUCCUGAAACAUGGUGGAUUAUUAUGAAGUUCUGGGAGUGCAGAAGCAUGCCUCAGCAGAGGAUAUCAAAAAAGCGUACCGUAAAUUGGCGCUAAAAUGGCACCCUGAUAAAAAUCCAGACAAUAAAGAUGAGGCGGAGCGGCAAUUUAAGCAAGUAGCUGAAGCCUAUGAAGUCUUGUCAGAUGCUAAAAAGCGUGACAUCUAUGACAGAUACGGAAAAGAAGGCCUAAUAAAUGGAGGUGGAGGUGGAAAUCAUCAUGAUAAUCCAUUUGAUUUUGGAUUUACAUUCCGCAACCCAGAUGAUGUCUUCAGGGAGUUUUUUGGUGGAAGGGACCCCUUUUCAUUUGACUUCUUCGAAGACCCUUUUGAGGACUUCUUCGGUGGCAGGCGGGGUCCAAGGGGAAGCAGAAACAGAGGUGGUGGUGGAUCAUUUUUCUCUGCCUUUGGUGGAUUCCCUGCUUUUGGAAGUGGUUUCUCUCCAUUUGACACAGGUUUUCCUUCAUUUGGCUCCCUGGGACAUGGAGGCAUUACUUCGUCAUUCUCCUCUACGUCAUUUGGUGGCAGUGGAAUGGGAAACUUCAAAUCCGUAUCAACCUCAACUAAAAUAGUUAAUGGCAGAAAAAUUACUACAAAGAGGAUUGUUGAGAAUGGACAAGAGAGAGUAGAAGUUGAAGAAGAUGGCCAGUUAAGGUCGCUAACAAUAAAUGGGGAGGCAGAUGAGGAAGCCUUUGCCGAGGAGUGCAGACGGAGAGGACAACACGCGCUGCCCUCCCAGCCCAGCAACCUCCGCCUGCUGAAGCCUCACAAGCCUGGCACCUCCCCUCGCUUUGCCUGCUACCACAAUGGUGAUGAGGUGGAAGAACAGGACAGGAGCCGGGUUCUGAGCAGCUUCGAGACCCCUAUUUAUUUAUCAGGUGUGCACAAGCAUGUUGGUGAGAAACGUGCAGAGAAGGACCCAUCACAUAGUCAAAAGCCAAACCCAAAAAGCCAAUCAAGAAGUUGGUGCUGUGUGUUGACUUAAUGCUAGUUCCCUGGUAGAUAAUAAAUAGCAGCUCUUUGCCUUCAUCCUGCUUUAGCUCUGAUCUUCCAUUUAGCCUAGAUUCACUAAUGCCCUGGGAUAUUUAAGGAUCCAGGGCAAAUACUGCUGUGCUGCUGAAGUGCCUGUGCUCUUUGUUGUUAAAAGUGAAGGCAUUUUAGAGGUUAAUUCAUCACAAUACUUUGCACAUUCAUUUACUUAAAUUGUGCUUGGCUUCCUUGUCCAAGGAGAAGUUCAGCAAGUUGAUACUAUUUCUGGAAGCUGCAGUUUUAGGCAACUAAAUCCUAAUAGAGGAUGCUGAGAACGUUCAAGCAAAUGUGACAACGUGGCAAUUGUCCGGGUUAUUUUUGAAGUAAUUAGUCCUUUGAUAUAUUUCCAGUCUGUAAUUUUUUGGCAAUGUAGUCCAGAGGCUAUCUUGGACAAUGAAGUCCUCAUAAGUACUUGAUUUAAUUGGAACCUGUGGUGAGAUAUAUCUAGGACUGUGAGGACAGGUUUUUCUGAUAUGUGAAAGAAGCUUUUCUACUUGGAUGCCCAAAGCAAGGACCCUUCUCAGUAGUGUUAAGUGCUGGGAAGUGUGAGCCUAGGAGGCUUCUCAAAGUAAACACAGCACAUGAAAAAUAUGCACUGUAUCCCAAACCAGGUGCUCACGUACUCCCAGUGCUAUACCAACUUCCAAUGUGUUUAUGAGCCUUUAAACCUAACAAUGUCUUUUGUAUGGAAGACCUGAAGAUAUGAUAGAUGACCCAUUGACAAAAUAGAAUAAUUUAGAUUAAUGUCCUCCUGAUAAGUUGUUGUUUGUGUUUUUAAAGAUGACCAAGUUGAAACUUUUCUUUUUAAAACAAAAAAAAGGCAAAAAGUUACAGAGGCCUAAAUGACACCUCUGGGCUGAUUUUCUGAAGCCUCCCACGCAAGGGCUACAGGUUUGGUGUCCUGUGUCUGUGGCUGGCAAAACAAAACCUUGGCUCUGCCUUUGGACACACUAGGGUGUCUGCAAUCACCAUAUUUUGCAAUGGAUUCCAAGGAGCAGCUGAGUUUGAAAAGCACCAUGCAAUUUUUGGAGCAAUUUUAAAGAUUGCUUAAGACUUUUUGCUGUGAAUUUAUUUAUGCUCCAAGACGCACAAGUUUGCAAUUAAAAUUAAUUUCUAGAAGUAUUAGUGCAAUCACAAAAUGCUCUCUUCUACCAGUAGAUUGUGAGUUGCCAAAAAAACUCAGGGUGAAAACUUGAUUGCAGUAAGACUAAGAUUUUACUGUUGCUUUAAAUAUUUUGCCUGCUGUUCCUCUGAUGGACAGGGCUGCUGAAGGACUGGUCGAGUCAGUCAUAAAAACCUACGUGAGUGUCUUAAUCCUUCCCUGGGGAGUGUGUGCACGAGUCCUGGCCAGUUAUGCCAUUCCCCUUCAUGGGUGUUCACCUCUUGCCCAGCAAGCAGCUUCACCAGCACAGCUCUGUAGUUACAGAGACCACUCUACUCGCUUGGCUUCUCAUCCAUCACUGCCGUGCUUCCACGGGCCG